UUUUUUUUGUUUUUGCAUGCUUGCCAUUGCAACGAUUUUUUUAAAAUUUAAUUUAAAAAUUGUUACAAUUUUGAAAAUAAUUCCGAUUUUAUCAUCAUGUAUGAAGAUGAGGAUCAAAUCGACGAUGAAGAAACGCCAGAGAUUAGUUCAGAAUUAUGGCAAGAAGCCUGUUGGAUUGUCAUAUCAUCAUAUUUCGAUGAAAAAGGUCUCGUACGACAACAACUUGAUUCAUUCGAUGAAUUCAUACAAAUGUCUGUACAAAGAAUCGUUGAAGAUUCAUCUACAAUUGAAAUUGAAGCCGAACCACAACAUAAAUCCGGCAUCAUUGAAGCACCUACAACUUAUACGAUAAAAUUUGAACAAAUCUAUCUGUCAAAAGCAACACAUUGGGAAAAAGAUGGUACACCGACAGCAAUGAUGCCAAAUGAAGCUCGUCUUCGUAAUCUUACCUAUUCGGCUCCAUUGUAUGUAGAUAUCAUCAAGACAAUAACACGAGAAAAUCAAGAACCAAUCGAAACGAUGCAUGAAAAAACUUAUAUUGGUAAAAUUCCUAUCAUGCUUCGGUCAACAUAUUGUCUACUCAAUGGUCUUACUGAUCGUGAUUUGGCCGAAUUGAAUGAAUGUCCUCUUGAUCCUGGUGGUUAUUUCAUCAUUAAUGGUUCGGAAAAAGUUUUGAUUGCUCAGGAAAAAAUGGCCACAAAUACUGUAUAUGUUUUUUCGAUGAAAGAUUCAAAAUAUACUUAUAAAGCCGAAUGUCGAUCCUGUAUUGAACAUUCAUCGAGACCAACCAGUACAUUAUGGGUGAAUAUGUUGGCUCGUGGAUCACAAGGUGGUAAAAAAAAUACGGUUGGUCAACGAAUUAUUGCCAUCAUUCCGUAUAUAAAACAAGAAAUACCCAUUAUGAUUGUAUUCCGUGCACUUGGUUUUGUCGCCGAUAGAGAUAUUCUCGAACAUAUAAUAUACGAUUUUGAAGAUCCUGAAAUGAUGGAAAUGGUGAAACCAUCUUUAGAUGAAGCUUUUGUCAUUCAAGAACAACGGAUAGCACUAAAUUUUAUUGGAACACGUGGUGCACGUCCAGGUGUACCACUCGAAAAACGUAUUAAAUAUGCCAAAGAAAUUCUGCAAAAAGAAAUGUUACCACACGUUGGUGUUGGUGAUUUUUGUGAAACGAAAAAAGCCUACUAUCUUGGCUACAUGGUACAUCGAUUAUUGUUAGCUGCAUUAGGCCGAAGAGAAUUGGAUGAUCGUGAUCAUUAUGGAAACAAACGUUUAGAUUUGGCUGGUCCAUUAUUGGCUUAUCUAUUUCGUGGCCUGUUUCGUAAUCUAACCAAAGAGGUUCGAAGUUAUGCACAGAAAUUCAUUGAUCGUGGAAAAGAUUUUCAAUUAGAAUUGGCCAUCAAAACUAGAAUAAUUUCCGAUGGUUUACGGUAUUCAUUAGCCACUGGUAAUUGGGGUGAUCAGAAAAAAGCACAUCAAGCACGAGCCGGUGUCUCACAAGUACUUAAUCGUCUUACUUAUGCAUCAACUUUAUCACAUCUUCGUCGUGUAAAUUCACCGAUUGGUCGUGAUGGAAAAUUAGCUAAACCACGUCAAUUACAUAACACUCUGUGGGGUAUGAUUUGUCCGGCCGAGACGCCUGAAGGACAUGCUGUCGGUUUGGUCAAAAAUCUUGCACUUAUGGCCUACAUUUCUGUCGGUUCUCAACCAUCACCAAUUCUAGAAUUUUUAGAAGAAUGGUCAAUGGAAAACCUAGAAGAAAUUGCUCCAUCAGCCAUUUCGGAAGCGACAAAAAUUUUCGUCAAUGGUUGUUGGGUCGGUAUUCAUCGUGAACCGGAUUUAUUAAUGAAUACAUUACGAAAAUUACGGCGACAAAUGGAUAUUAUCGUUUCGGAAGUAUCGAUGGUACGCGAUAUACGUGAUCGAGAAAUUCGUAUCUAUACGGAUGCUGGCCGUAUAUGUCGUCCAUUGUUGAUUGUUCAAAAUCAAAAACUAUUACUAAAACGUUGUCAUAUUGAACAGUUAAAAAAUCGUGAAUACAAUAGUUUUAGUUGGCAUGAUUUAGUUGCUUCGGGCGUUGUCGAAUAUAUUGAUACAUUGGAAGAGGAAACUGUAAUGAUUGCUAUGACACCAGAUGAUCUACAAGAAUCCGAAAAUCCAUAUUGUUCUACGUAUACUCAUUGUGAAAUUCAUCCAUCAAUGAUACUUGGUGUUUGUGCAUCGAUCAUCCCAUUUCCUGAUCAUAAUCAAUCACCACGUAAUACGUAUCAAUCAGCUAUGGGUAAACAAGCUAUGGGUGUUUAUAUUACCAAUUUUCAUGUUCGUAUGGAUACAUUGGCACAUGUACUUUAUUAUCCACAAAAACCAUUAGUAACAACACGAUCAAUGGAAUAUCUUCGUUUCCGUGAAUUACCAGCUGGUAUUAAUUCAAUUGUUGCCAUCAUGUCAUAUACGGGUUAUAAUCAAGAAGAUUCAGUUAUCAUGAAUGCUUCAGCUAUUGAUCGUGGGUUUUUUCGUUCCAUCUUUUAUCGUUCAUAUAAAGAUUCUGAACAAAAACGGCUCGGUGAUCAAGAAGAUCAAUUUGAAAAACCAACACGAGAUACAUGUCAAGGAAUGCGUAAUGCUAUCUAUGAUAAAUUAGAAGAUGAUGGUAUUAUUGCACCGGGAACUCGUGUUUCUGGUGACGAUGUUAUUAUUGGUAAAACGACAACUUUACCAGAAAAUGAUGAUGAUUUAUCCGGCGGUGUUAAACAAUACACCAAACGUGAUGCAAGUACAUUUUUACGAAACAGUGAAACUGGUAUUGUCGAUCAGGUGAUGAUCACUGUAAAUAAUGAGGGAUAUAAAUUCUGUAAAAUUCGUGUCCGUUCUGUUCGUGUACCACAAAUUGGCGAUAAAUUUGCCUCAAGACAUGGCCAGAAAGGUACCUGUGGUAUUACUUAUAGACAAGAAGAUAUGCCUUUCACUUGUGAAGGUAUCACACCAGAUAUCAUCAUUAAUCCGCAUGCUAUACCAUCUCGUAUGACUAUCGGUCAUUUGAUUGAAUGUUUACAAGGUAAAGUUUCUGCGAAUAAAGGAGAGAUUGGUGAUGCUACACCAUUCAAUGAUACUGUUAAUGUUCAGAAAAUUUCAGACCUUUUACAUGAUUAUAACUAUCAUCUUCGUGGUUACGAAGUAAUGUACAAUGCACAUACUGGUCGUAAAGUUAAUUGUCAGAUUUUCCUUGGUCCUACCUAUUAUCAACGAUUGAAACAUAUGGUCGAUGAUAAAAUUCAUUCACGAGCUCGAGGACCAGUACAGAUUCUUGUUCGACAACCUAUGGAAGGUCGUGCUCGUGAUGGUGGACUUCGUUUCGGUGAAAUGGAACGUGAUUGCCAGAUUGCUCAUGGUGCCGCACAAUUUCUUCGUGAACGUUUGUUCGAAGUAUCCGAUCCAUAUCGUGUUCAUAUUUGUAAUCUAUGCGGUUUGAUUUGUAUCGCUAAUCUUCGUACGAAUACAUUCGAAUGUAAAGGCUGUCGUAAUAAGACACAGAUCUCACAGGUACGCAUACCAUAUGCUGCUAAACUAUUGUUUCAAGAACUUUUAUCAAUGUCAAUUGCACCACGAUUGAUUGUGACAUGAAAUUUUUAUUGAAUUUAAUUUUACAUUUCUAAUGAUGAAUUGAACAAUGAUCAAUCAAUAUUAUUACAA